CCCGAAACUAUCGACCAUCACCAACAUGGCCCCCGCGCUUCUCACAGCAGUAGACGCAACCUCCCAGGUCCACCUGAUUAUCGGUUCGAAUCCACUGGCGGGCGCAAGAUGCUCGCGAGCAGUUGAGGUUGGUGCAAAGCCAAUUCUCAUAGCACCGGAAGACUCCACGUUACACUAUGGUCUGAUCAAGCGCAUCGAGGCCGGCGAAGUCAAGUGGCUACAGCGAAGCUUCGUUGACGAGGACUUGACCACGCUGGGCCGUGCCGAAGUAGAUGGUGUGGUUGAUGCAGUCUACGUUACCGCAGGUGGCAAACAUACCUCCGCUACGCACAUCUCGAGCCUUUGCCGAAGGCUACGCAUACCCGUUAAUGUUGCAGACGCCCCAAACCUCUGCUCCUUCACGCUCCUCUCCACUCACUCCGAUGGCCCCUUGCAGAUUGGCGUUACGACAUCUGGCAAGGGCUGCAAACUCGCAGCAAGAAUACGCAGGGAAAUAGCGGCGUCUUUACCUACCCGACUAGGCGACGCUGUCGAGAGACUUGGGUCGUUGCGACGACGCAUUUGGGAAGAGGACCAUGCCGCUGAGCUAUCACAGGAUUUGGAGGCGGAAGAAGAGGACAGCGGCCAGACAGCUACAUUCAACAAGCUAGUCUUAGAGGAAAGUAAGGAAGCUGCUCGAGGUCGACGUAUGCGCUGGCUGUCCCAGAUAUGCGAAUACUGGCCACUCCGUCGACUUGCCGCAAUCACGGACAGCGAUAUUGACACACUCUUUCGCGAAUUCGCCCGCAGCAGUCCCUCAAAAGUGGGACCUACGUCGCCUGUGGCUGGAGAGCGACUAGGUCGCAUCAUUCUUGCGGGUUCCGGACCCGGAAACCCCGACCUCCUCACUCGCGCUGCACACAAAGCUAUACUCUCUGCCGAUCUCAUCCUUGCUGAUAAGCUCGUGCCUUCACCCAUCCUCGAUCUUGUCCCCCGCUGUGCAACUGUCCAUAUUGCACGCAAAUUUCCUGGCAACGCAGACAAGGCACAGGAAGAGCUUCUCGAACUUGGUCUCGAAGGUCUCAAAGCCGGCAAAGUGGUUGUGAGGAUCAAACAGGGUGAUCCAUAUAUCUAUGGGCGAGGUGGUGAAGAGUACGAUUUCUUUCGUGCGCAUGGUUAUAUACCAAGUGUGUUGCCUGGUAUCACAAGUGCGCUGUCUGCACCACUUUUUGCAGCUAUCCCAGCGACGCACCGUGGUGUUGCAGACCAGGUGCUGAUCUGCACAGGAACAGGCAGAAAAGGUGCUCCACUCGACCCACCCGACUUUGUUGCAUCGCGCACGCUCGUUUUGCUCAUGUCUCUUCAUCGUCUUUCUGCACUUGUGGACGACUUAACAAAAAAGGGUUACCCCAAGGAACUACCAGUUGCCGUACUGGAGCGAGCGAGUUGUCCCGAUCAACGGGUAAUCAGGACAAACCUAGAGCAUGUUUGUGCUGCAGUGGAGGAAGAAGGCAGUAGGCCUCCAGGUUUACUUGUCGUGGGACAUGCAUGUAAGGUCUUGAUGAAGUACGAACAAAAAUGGGUAGUCGAAGAAGGCUUUCAUGGACUGGACGAUCUCGGCGGAGACGGAGAGUUAGACCUGAUCAAGCUGGGACAAGCCGUGGCGGCUGCUUGA